UUCAUUCUUUAACAAUUUUUCUUUCAAGAUGGCCAAAGGAAAUUAUCCAUUAGUGAGGCCUACCUUCGCUUCAAUCGAUCAAAAAUUGGCCUUCGCCAAGCGAUGUUCUCAUGAGAGUGUGUUAGCCGGAGCAAAGGCAGCAGUUGUUGCAUGUGUUGCCACCGCCAUUCCAACUGUGGCUAGUGUGAGGAUGCUGCCAUGGGCAAGAGCCAAUCUCAAUCACACAGCUCAAGCUCUCAUAAUCUCCACAGCGACGGCAGCGGCAUAUUUCAUAGUAGCUGACAAGACAGUUUUAGCAACUGCAAGAAAGAACUCCUUCAACCCUCAACCAUGAAUUCUCUUCCAUUUUAUGUAAAUCAAAUCACAUUGCACUUAUUUAUCCAAAUAAACAUAUUUAAUUUUCAUCACUAAGACUUUAUGUACCACACUUUCAUAAUAUUAUUUAU